AAUUCGCAUUCUCGGGUAGCUGCUGGAAGUGUCUGGAAGUAGUUCUACUAGCUGUGGUGACUUGAAAACUUUGAAUUUCUGCUUCAUCACUAUUCUAGUUCAACCUCGAAGUGUUGGUGCUGCCGCAAGACGUCGUCGCCCUUGUGAAAUAGGCAUUAUAAAAACAACUCUUGGAAUCGGUAACAGGCUUAUUCCCAGUCGAAAGUUGAAAUCUGAAGGUAGCUAACAAUUUCGGUUAUCCGGUUAGUUUCGAAUUGAAACAGCACAAAACCAAGGUCCUGUUCCGAAGAAGUAGUCCUGUAUUCGAACGAUAAAAGUGAUUCAUCGGAAGUGGAAAACCAUCUAAGCGUGAAAAUUUAACUCAAAAAGUGUAACUAGAAGUUGAAAAUCGAACCAAAAUGGCCUCUAAUAAUCAUAUGAAAAUAACCGUUUUACGGUCAUCCGGAUCGACGGAAAAUUUCUUGCUAAACAUGGCGCUGCAGCAUGAAGUUGGCGUCAAUUUCGUGAAUCUGAAGAACGAAAUUGUGGCUCGUUAUCCGGAGUUGCUACAGAAUGAUGAAAUUCGCUUUUACUGGAUUGAUGAGGAAGGCGAUGAGAUUACCAUAAUCAACGAUUCGGAUUAUCUCGAUUACUUGAAACCCACAGUACUACCCGUUCCUUCAUACCCGAUCACGAGGGACACGUUUGGUAGAGUGCUAUUGAACAACCCGCCCGCCCCCAUUCCUCCAGUCCGAACCAAACUCCGCAUCUACGUCAAAGGUGUUAACAAUCCUAAAGCCGCGACCGAACCGAUAGCGACUACCGCUGAAGAUGUCCCAAUGGAAACGGCCUCCGUCGCCGAUUCUGGGGAAUCCAAAAGGGCGCUGCCGGAAAACGCACCGGAGCACCCGAACGUCAUUUGCGAUGUCUGCGACGAUACGAUCAAGGGUCACCGGUACAAGUGUAUGCAGUGCUUCAACUAUGACUUGUGCAUGCGCUGCGAGGCCAAAUACCGGCACAAGGAUCACAUGAUGCUGCGCAUCCCGACCCCGGAGAUGAACAAACGAACGCCGUUGCGUUUGUUCGACAAGUUGCGGAGCUACGUGACCGAAGUGAGUGCCGCCAAUGCAGCCGGAUGCCGUGCCCGCGAUGAAGACUACGAGAACAGCAAACGAUCCAAACGCCACCACAGCCGGCCCAGUUCCAGCAAGGAUUAUGACGAUUCCAAGGAACGCCGCGAGGACAAGGAGCGUAAGGAGCGCAAGCACCGCCGUGAGCGUUCAGCCAAGGCUGCCGAUGAUCGACGCAGCAGUACUCAUCGUAGCAGCCACCAUUUCAACCUUUCGCACCUACUGGGUCAAGCUAUCGAUCCGGCUAAUAUUAAAUCCGCUUUCCUGGCGACGGAUAUUGCUGCGGCCGCCGCUGCAGCUGCUGCCGAAUCUGCCCAGGAAGCGGCACGAGUUACCUUUGCCAAUUGCCCUCUAUUUUCUUCGUCAUCAACUUCGACCGCCAACCAAAGCUGCUCGAACACAACUCGAUCGACCCAUGCUACAACAACGGCAACGUCUUCGAAAGUCGACAUGCCACAGGAAGCUUCCUGUUCCUCUGAACAGCAAGAGGAACCUAAAGCUAAGAAAGCGGCCAGCUCAUGCUCGGAUUCAAAUAACUCACCGGUAGUUGAUCUUUCCUGGUUGGCUCCAACCCCAGAAAGUAUUCAGCGUAUCAAUAUGACAUUUUCGAAAAUCUUGGACCCAUUGGGCAUGAAUCUAGAGAUCCGUAGCAACAACAGCUCUCCGAUGUCGGCCCAGCAAACUCAAACACCGCAGGAGGAAAAGCAGGACAAGACAACGGAAACAUCCAGCACUCCGACAACAAGUACCCCGAGCCAAACGGCACCAAAUGACACGAAGGCAACCGAAACCAGCAACAAAUCUACGGAAAUUGAUCCUAUUCAGGAGUUGGAAAAGAGGCUGGAAGCUGCAUUGUUGGUUGAACAGAGCAAUACCAAGUCGUCCAAAAACGAUGAUGACUCCGAUGAUGAUGACGAUGAUAGCACUUCAUCAGAAAGCAGUGGCUUUUCACUGUGCGAUGAAGAUGAUCCCUUGAAGACAACAAAACGCUGGACUUUGGUGGAUAUCCCCAACGACGAUGAUGCUGACAAAAAGAAACCGACCGUUGUUCAAGUGGACAUUGCAGUGACAACACCAAAAUCAGAUGAUACUCCGGUCACUCCAAAAUCGGUCCCGGAAGCUGCUUCUUCAUCUUCGUCGAUCAAUUCCCAAAAUAUUUCGAUCGACUACGAGCAGUUGGGAAAAAUCCUGAAGCAACACAUUGAAACGGAAAUGGAAGCCACAUCGAAACAAUCACCCUCAUCAUCUACACAAGCCCCAUCGACUCCGAAAGAUGCAACGCCUCCAUCCGCAGCUGUCACCGUUGUUGAACCAUCAGUUUCGACACCAUCAACAACUACUGUUCCGGCACCACAGGAAUCUUCAUCACAACCACCUGUUCCGGCCACACACAUCUUCAGUAACAGACCUCAUGUCAACCACGCCGUUCACUCGAUGAUGGCUAUGGGCUUCAGCAACACCGGUGGUUGGUUGACUCAGCUGCUGGAUUCUGUCAACGGAGACAUCCCGAGGGCGCUGGACAUUCUGCAACCGCAUAAAAUCAUCCCCUAAAUGAUUUAAUUCCCCUUUUUUUCCCCACAUCAACAAUAUGUAUGACGAUAAUUUAUAAUUAUGAUCCUUAUUUUAUGUAAGUACCUGUAUGCUUAUAUUUAUAACCGUUCAAUUUUUUUAACUUAACCAGCAUCGGCAAAAAAAAACGUUCAGUAGAUGUAGUAUGUAUUUGAAUCAUAACUUAAUGAUAUCGGACAAAAACAACUGAAAGGUUGAUCCGUGGAUUAAAAUUAACACAUCCACCUGAUACGUGCGUGGAGACGUUAGUAUUAUUCUGCGACAACUCUUUAAACAUUUACUAUUUACUAUUUACAUUUUUUAUAUAUUAUAAUCAAUAUAAUACAAACCUAUAUAGUACACACAAUUGAUUGCAGUGAUAGACAACCAUAGCUGGUGAUAGUAAUUUUAGUUGAUAGUUCACCUGAUGGCACAGAAACUUCAGUUUGAACAAAAUUUAUCUUUUUCGAUACGAUGUAACCCGAUGGCAGGAUAAAAAUUAAACAAUCGUGCAGCAAAAAUGAAUAAAUUGACAAGAAGUAUUGAUUGGCUACUCACAAUGUCACAAUAUUAGAAUUCUUACUAUGAUAUGUUAAUUGCAGAAGAAAAAUAAAUGUAUUUUUAAAGGCA